AUGGGUAAUUGUAUUUACAGUAAUUCUCAUCGUCCCCAUCGAGAGCUACCAGCCCUCCCAAAGACUAUCGAAAGUCUGAAUGGCAGUCACUAUUCAUCGAUUGAAUCCCAAAAAAAGGGCUCAAUUUAUCGUUCGCCGACGAAUGCUUCAAAUAAGAAGAUAGUGAUCGCUCUGUACUCGUAUGAGGGCCGGGAUGAGGGAGAGUUGAGCUUUGAAAAGGGGGACAAACUCAUCGUCAUUGACGACAAGGAGCCGGACUGGUGGCUCGCAAAGAUGAUUUCCUCUGAGAGGGCCGGCUAUAUCCCCAUGAACUUUGUGGUCAAAAAUAUUGAUGAAACUGAGGACAAAAUUUCGAGACGAGAGGCCGAAAAGUUGCUUUUAAUGGGUGACUAUUCGAGGGGUACAUUCCUCAUCAGAAAUAGUGAACAGGGAUCA